AUGUCAACAAGUGGCGGGCUCACAGCACAGGCCGGUCCGUCAGCUGGAAAGUUGUGGUGGCGUAAACAAACCGGGUGAAAACACUUUCCAGGGUGUGCAGAGCAGAAGCUAACCGUCGCUAUGAUGAGCCUCAGUCGGUUUGACGGUCAGUCGAAACUGCUGCUCCGCUCGCUGAUGUCCGGAGCCUCCGGUGCUCACAAAGCUCUGACCGUCUUCCACAAGCAGCAGCGAGGGAAUCCCGACAUGUCGCUGUGUCACUUCAUAGAAACACUGUGUCACGACGAAGUGACUGAAGAGCAGCCUUUUACUGUAAAACCCUUGGUGUGCCUGUUUCCUCCAUUAUUCAAACAAAAUCUGCUGUCCUUCAUCUACCUGAUCCACUCGGUUCUCCCUCAGAGGUCUGUCCUCCAUCUGCUCAAAUGUCUCAGCCGGGACCCUCAUCCAAACCCCUGGAUUUCUGCUGUGGGUCAACAGUUGAAGAGGAGCCUCGGUGUGCACAAUGAGGAGCCUCUGUACACUCCACUGUGCAGCCAGAGACUGAAGGAGUUGUCACAGCAUUUGAUCGUUAAUGGUGAAACAGGAGGAUGGGCCCAGUGCCUCAGUGGUCAAAGAGAAGGAUUUGAAUCUCAGGGUGAUUCCGGUUCAUCAGAGGUGGGGACACAAAGGAAAAGGAAACUAUGUCUUGUCACUCUGGACUCAAGCGAUGAAGAUGCGGGACAGCACAGUAAAAGGACAAAGACGGAUGUCUGUGAUAUUGAUAGAGUUGAUGCUGAAGAACGGAAUGUAAAUGAGGAGACAUCAGAGAGGUUAGAGAGAGAUGUUCCAACAGCAACUCCUGCUGAAGAGCUGCAGCCAGCACCAGUCACCAGUGAUUUCCUGCCAGAAUAUAUCAAGGUCUCUGUUCUUCAAAUAAAAGAAUUACUGGAGAGUCAAACAGAGUGGGACCAGAGCUCCAUAGAUGUGUUCCAAGUUCUGAAUAACUGUGACGUCACCCAGGUGGAGCUGUUAUGUAGCUCACUGAAUUUGCCUGAUCUGCUGGAGCACACUCUGCCUAAACUGUGCAGCAGUGUUUUGUCUCUCUCUCCUGACCUCAGCUACAGCACGGCAGCAGCACUCAUCAAGAGCCUCCUGUUGAAGAAGGUUCUGUCCCUGUCAGAACCGGCCUCCAGAUGCCUGGUUACUGCAGUGACGUCACUGUGCAGCCACUAUCCCAGACCAAUGUGCCAUGCUCUAAUUGGACCGGUUCUAAUGGAGAAGAACAUAGGGAAUCCACAGGCUGAGCUGCUGAACAGAUUGAUUGAAGGCUGCCUGGACUCACACUACAGACUCCUGCUGCUUCAAAUGACUUUCAAGAUCUCAUGGAGUGAGGCAGUGCUCUCCAUGAUCCACAGCUUGUUAGACUCCAAGCCUGACUUCAAUGAAGAAGUGUUCACAGAGUUCACUGAGCAGCUCGUCAGCCAGGCUCCUCUGUUCACAAAGUCUGUCAAGUUUGCAAAGAUGAUGUUAACGGUCCUCACCAAAUAUAGCAGCCAUGUGACUGCUGCACACAAACACUCCUUGUCGAGUUGCCUGACAGUAAAUGAGACUUUCCUGAAAAAGUCUCUUCAAGCUGCCCUAAAAAGAAUCGCACACACAACGUGAUGGUGCUUUAUUUAAAAGUCCUCCAAUCAGGAAUCUAUGAGAGUAUAAAUACAAUUAAUUAUUUGUGUGAAAAAGUAUAACCCCUCCUCUGUGUUUUAUUGUUUCAUCUGCAUAGACAACAGCCUCCACUUAUUGAUGCCAUAGAAGAGCACUUAUCAGAAUGCCAAACAAUGUUAUUCUUACUGCAACUGCAUUGUAUGGGAUUAUUACUCAUUUAUGUUAUGUUAUGUUAACAUAAUUCUAUUACACAAGUGGACUAGUAAGUAAGUGUUAAUCCCAAGGUUUCUUCUGCUCUAAUACAUGUUAAUAAACCUGUUAAAAAAGUU